AAAAAAAAAGAGAGGGGGGGGGAGAGAAAUGGAGGACCAGGACAAACAGGAUAAAGUGAUGUGCCCCAGGUCACACCACCAACCAAUGGCGAUGGGUCAUCCAAACGCAGGCGCGGUUAAUGCUGCCCUUUAGACAACCAGGGCCAGGCCAAGAUCGGAGCCCAAGAGGAGAUUUUCUUAGGCUCCCCUUCCCCAGGUGGGGCAGGCACCUUUGGAAGGCAUUGGACAGCGCACUGGACAGCGCAGUGACCCGACCAGGGUGCGUGCGGGAAUGCAGCCUCGUCUUUCGUCACUGACCACUCAGCUCAGGGGCCCACCAGGUUCUCUCUUCCGGCUCGGUGGUCCCCGCGCUCCGCUGCGUGCCGCUGGCUGUGCUGCAGUGGGUGGGGGACAGGGAGAAUCUCGACCUGCCUCGCCGGCGCAGCAAUCCGGCCCCGGGGCUAGAGGAUAUUAGGGCCCGGCGGCCAGGGCCUGUCAAGAGGGCCCCCGACCCGCGCCCCUCGAAUCUGCUUGUCGCGCGGUCUGCGGCCCGCGUCCUGCGGGGAGACGGGCCCGCCCCCCUGUGCGCGCAGGCGCGCGCCACGCGGGGCUCGGACAGCAGCUCGGCUCCCGGCGGCCGCACGCGGGCCUUGCAGGCCUGCCAGGAUGGAGGGGCAUGCUGAAAUGGAGAUGCUGAGGACACUGAAGGGGCCCUCCACAGGAGAGGUCAGCGUGCACCUGGUGGCCAGAGACAGUCCAGGUUCCGGCUCUCACCUGCCCACUACUGCCUUCAUCAUUCCAGCGAGUUCGGCCACCCUUGGUCUGCCCAGCAGUGCCCUGGAUGUGACGUGCUUUCCGCGAGAGCCGAUCCAUGUUGGCGCCCCAGAGCGAGUGGCCGGUAGCGUACCUGUCACUGCCACCAUUCUGCCGCAGUUAAGCGCCGGGCCGGCGGCCAGCCCCAGCACCAGCACAGUGCGGCUCCUAGAGUGGACAGAGGCCGCGGCUCCGCCUUCUGGGAGUGGCUUGAGGGGGCCAGUACUGGAGUCGCGGUCCUCUGACCCUCUCGCGCUCCAGUUCCGGAUAAGCGAGUAUGCGUCUCCGAACAUGGUGGGAGCAGAGCAGCCCCCGAGCCCCGAGCUGCGGCGGGAAGGCGAGGCCGAGUACGAAGAUGGCGAGGCCCCGGCGGGAGGCGGUGAUGCGGGCCCCCAACAGCCAGCGGACCUCCCCCAGGCCGCUCCAGAAGAUCCCCCUCGGGACCCGCCAGAGGAUGAUGGCACCUGCCAAUGCCAGGCGUGUGGGCCUCAGCAAGGCGCCGGUCCAGAUCCUGGUUCCUCUAAUGAUGGCUGCCCCCAACUGUUUCAGGAGCGGUCAGUCAUAGUGGAGAACUCCUCAGGCCAGAACAACUCCUGCACCAGUGCUUCUGAGCUCCUCAAACCCAUGAAGAAGAGGAAACACAGGGACUAUCAGAGCCCAUCCGAGGAAGAGUCAGAGCCAGAGGCCAUGGAGAAGCAAGAAGGAGGAAAGGAUCCAGAGGGACAGCCCACCGCCAGCACCCCAGAAAGUGAGGAGUGGAACAGCAGCCAGUCCACCUCAGGGGAGAAGAAGGAGGGCUGGUCGUGGGAACCCUAUCUGGAGGAACAGAAGGCCGUCACUGCCCCUGUCAGCCUCUUCCAGGACUACCAGGCGGUCACUCAUAACAAGAAUGGCUUCAGACUGGGCAUGAAGUUAGAAGGCAUCGACCCGCAGCACCCGUCCAUGUACUUCAUCCUCACCGUGGCCGAGGUGUGCGGCUACCGUCUGCGUCUACACUUUGAUGGGUAUUCCGAGUGCCACGACUUCUGGAUCAAUGCCAACUCCCCUGACAUUCACCCCGCCGGCUGGUUCGAGAAGACAGGGCACAAGCUGCAGCCCCCCAAAGGUUACAAGGAGGAGGAGUUCAGCUGGAGCCAGUACCUGCGCAGCACAAGAGCUCAGGCUGCCCCCAAGCACCUGUUUGUGAGCCAGAGCCACAGUCCCCCACCCCUGGGCUUCCAGGUGGGCAUGAAGCUGGAGGCUGUGGACCGCAUGAACCCAUCCCUCGUCUGCGUGGCCAGUGUGACCGACGUGGUGGACGGCCGCUUCCUCGUGCACUUUGACAACUGGGAUGACACUUAUGACUACUGGUGUGAUCCCAGCAGCCCCUACAUCCACCCGGUGGGCUGGUGCCAGAAGCAAGGAAAGCCCCUCACCCCUCCACAAGACUACCCAGACCCUGACAGCUUCUGUUGGGAGAAAUAUCUGGAAGAAACCGGGGCCUCUGCUGUGCCCGCCUGGGCCUUCAAGGUGCGACCCCCGCACAGCUUCCUGGUCAACAUGAAGCUGGAGGCCGUGGACCGCAGGAACCCAGCCCUCAUUCGUGUGGCCAGCGUGGAGGACGUGGAGGAUCAUCGGAUAAAGCUCCACUUUGAUGGCUGGAGUCACGCCUAUGACUUCUGGAUCGACGCCGACCACCCCGACAUCCACCCCGCGGGCUGGUGCUCCAAGACAGGGCAUCCCCUGCAGCCUCCUCUCCGACCCAGAGAGCCCAGCUCUCCCUCCCCUGGGGGCUGUCCCCCUCUCAGCUAUCGGACCCCCCACACUAGGACCUCCAAGUACAGCUUUCACCACCGGAAGUGCCCCACUCCUGGCUGUGACGGCUCCGGCCACGUCACCGGCAAGUUCACAGCUCACCACUGCCUCUCGGGCUGCCCCCUGGCCGAGAGGAACCAGAGCCGGCUGAAGGCGGAGCUGUCGGACACGGAGGCCUCUGCCCGCAAGAGGAGCCUCUCGGGCUUCUCCCUAAGGAAGAAGCCUCGCCAUCACGGCCGGUGCGGAGGGCAAGGCUGCAGGGCCUCCAGUCCUCCUGGGCCUGGCCAGGCCCUGAUUCCUGGCCCCGGAGCCGGUCCUUCUCUCUCCAGGAUCGGACGCCCUCCAAAGUAUCAGAAGAUCCCACAGGAUGAUUUCCCAACCCUGACCGCCGACGUCAUGCACCCGUCCCUCUUCAUGUCGGCCCUGUCGGCCCACCCUGACCGCCCACUGUCCGUGUGUUGGGAGCAGCACUGCAAGCUCCUGCCGGGAGUGGCGGGCAUCUCGGCCUCGACAGUCGCCAAGUGGACCAUCGAUGAGGUCUUCGGCUUCGUUCAGACCCUGACAGGUUGUGAGGACCAGGCGCGGCUCUUCAAAGAUGAGAUGAUUGACGGCGAGGCCUUCCUUUUGCUGACACAGGCGGACAUUGUGAAGAUCAUGAGCGUCAAGCUGGGCCCAGCCUUGAAGAUCUAUAACGCCAUUCUCAUGUUCAAAAACGCCGACGACACCUUAAAGUGACGGGCUCAGGGCUGGGCCCGCCCUCUGCGGCCGAUGCUUCCUUCCCGACUCGAGUUCCACCUGCCCCAUCGGUGCCCCCCUCCACCCCCCCACCACCCUCUGUACCUUACCAGCGGUGGUCCUUCUCUCCCGGGCUGCUUCCUUCAAGGUGCAGGGGAGCAGGGGAGGCCUGGGGAGGAUGGAGUCCUAGCCCCUGAACCUGGAGCUCACCUGCCACCAGGUACCCGGGCGAGGGUGUGUCAGGGCAGGGGAGCCUUACUGAUGGAGAAGGUUGAAGGUACCACAUCUCCAGCCGACCUGUUUCAUCACCAAAGGGCCUUUCCCGUAGCAGUUUAGAACAGUCUGGUAGAACGGGACUCCUCCAGCCUGAGGCUCUUUUCUCUUGGGCCUCUAUCUCUCCAUGCUCUUCUUUCCUUGUCUCCUUUCCUCCUAGCAGGAAGUGACCCUGCUGUGAACAUAUUUACUCAAAAAGGAGUACCCCCCGCCCCCCCAUCUCCCCACCCCUGACAUUCUGUCCUUCUGUUGCUGGUUUUGCUACCCCCUUUCUGCUGCCUGGUUUCCUGGGCAACGCCGCCAGCCUCGGCCCAGCCAGACCCGGCUGGCUCUUCCCCCUUAGACCACUGAGCCCCAGAGACCUGUCUUCACAGGAUCCACUGGGAGGCUGCCUUUCUCCCUUCUGCCCGCAAGUGGGGGGUUCUGAGCCAGGAUGCCCUCUUCGAUAUGCCCAGUUCUGGACCACUUGGCACUUUAAGUCCAUGCCCCGUCCUGCUUCCUGCAGAGUGGGUGGUGAGAACCUGUUGCACCUCUGUAGCAGAGGUUAAGCUUCCGCAGGUGUUACCAUGCACCCCGCCUGUGUCAAGUGUGGAGAGGAGGCAGCCUGGCUGGCUAGGUGGCUGAGGCCAGCCCCAGGUACAUCAGAUCAUCUGCGGCUUUGGCCAGCAGGGCAGCGCCAGCAGGCAUGGGGCUCUGAAGGCUGGGCGUGGCAUCCUUCUCUGUGAAUAUGGGUCUCAGCCAAGAUGUUGCCCAGGGGGGAAGGGCCCUGGCUCGCCAGGCCUCCUGCCACAGGAAUGUAGCACUCUGCCUGGCUCUCCCGACCCCUAGUCUCGCGUUCAACCGGCCCCUCAAACGUCUUGCUCUUGGGGAGUUGGGAAGGCAAAUUCUUCUACCUUUAAAUUCUCCCAUGUUCCCUUAAACCUCUCUCACCGCUCUCUGUCUGUUCUGCACUGCUAGCCGGGUACCUGCUGGAGCUCUGGGACUUUGACCUUUCUGUCCAAGCAGGGGCCUAGCCUGAACCACUGCCAAACCUGCCUCCCAGGCUGCCGUGGGCAGGGGCGGGGGCAGAGGCCCGGGCAGGAGCCGGCCCCGCAUGUGGAGGCGAGGCGUCUGGGCCAAGCUCCUGUGGCCUCUGGUGCUGAGGAGGGCCUGCAGGUUGUGGAGCCAGGGGCCUUCCCAGACCCCUCUCUCUGUUGUAUGGUGUUUCUGUGUGCUUGCGUGUAAGGCCCCCUCAGAAGUGUUGGACGGGUGCAGAUGGCAGGCUCGGUGUUGGGAAAAUGUCAAGGGCUAUUGAUGUUAAAAUAUGAAGCUUUAUCUUUGGGAAACCCAAAGCUCUGAUGGUCUCCCGUCCCAGCCCAGCAGGGGCGCGCUCUCACAGAUGCCUGGGCAGCUUGGCCCCCGGGGGUAUUCAUUCAGCCCCCCAGCUGAAUGGCUGCAGGGCUCCAAAAGGUCUUCAGAGGCACCACCUUCCUAGAUGGGCUUGGACAGACCGGGCCUGGGCUGGAGGUUGGGUUUUCAGAGGCUGCAUUGAGGCCCCCUUGGCCAAACGUAAGGAGGAGCCAUCUCAGCUUCUCUCUCUCAGUCGUGUGGGUGGCGGUAAAACCCACCAGCUCCAUGGCCUCUUUCACGCCUCCAUGAACCUGAGGGGUGACUCUGUGGUGCAAGGAGGCAGCUGGUCCGCACAGCAGCGUUGUAGGGCUUCACCACUUCUAAGGAGCGUGGCUGGCGUGCUCUGGCACGUGGGUCUGUCCACUGCCAUCCUAGUGCUUGUCCACAGGAAAGCCAGGAUGGACCAAGGGCCUUGGAGAGAAGGCCCCAGACCUCUGAAGUUUGAGGCCUCAGCGCUUUCAGCACCAAGGUCAAAUUCUGGAAAGAAACCAAAUCAUAAAAAAUGCCUUCUGUUCACCCUGCUGGCCCUUCACCCCAUCCCUUCCCCACAUGAGAUGGUUACACCUCGACUUGGGUGCGCCGUGAGGGGUGAGGGGUGGGAGUUGGCGCCACUGCCCUGUAUCCUCCACCCUGCUCUCCAGCCGCAGGAACUGCCUACACUUUGGCCCCUGGCAGCCUCUCCCAGCCCUGGCCCAGCCCUGGCCGAAGGCAGUGAGACGCUUUCUGUUUAAUUUUCAGAGCAAAGAGAAUGACCCCAGAGUUGGAAAAUGAAGUUUUGCACUUUAAUUCACUUGCACUUUGGUGGAGUUAACGUUUUUUUGUACUUGCCUGUGAGAGAGUGUUCGUGUGUGUGUGUGUGUGUGUUCGUGCGUGCACACAGGUAUGUGUUCUUUAAGAGGAUCUUCUGCUUUAAGUCACUGGUGACUCUUGAGAGAGAAAAAGUUACAAACAAAGUGUGAUGUAUUUUGUCAGUGUAUUGAUACAACAUAAAUAAACUCUAAGAAUGGGAUGACUGGCCGUCAGAGUCUGUUUUCUCUUUUCAGGGUCCAACAUCCGGAAAACAAAAUGAAUAUUGUGCCAUGACUGAAGAGAUGAAAGCAUUCUCUUUGCUGUUAAGGGUCGUAAAGAAUCUGAUUUUCACUCUGGGUUAAAGAUAAGAAACAAAGGAGGAAUUCCCCAGUGGCUCAGUGGGUUAAAGAUCUGGUGUUGUCACCACUAUGGUGUGGGUUCCAUCCCUGGCCCAGGAAUGUGCACACGUCACAAGUGCAGCCAAAAAAGAAGAAAGAUAAGAAACAAAGAAUAAAGAUAAAUGAAUGUACUUGUCAACAAUGAGAAAUGCAGACGCUAAGAACCCCCCUGAG